UAGUAGAAAAUAAAUCAUCAACAUAUGUAAAAGGAAACAGCGACCGCCUGUCAUUUUGAAGAUACUUAAAUUGUUAAUUUCAGUACUUUAAUGAAACCCUCGAAUAACAUGUCUUUUGGUCAGAUACUUAGAUUCGGAGUAAUAAAAUACCUAAACCUGAUCUAUGUGCUCAGAAUUACAUGUUGUUAAACUGUAUCGGUGUUGGUAUUGCAGUUUGAAAACUAAGAGUUAUCUAUAUGGAAAUAAUCCACUGGAUUAUACUUUCAGGGCUAAACAGUUAUUUUCAUCCAUCAGUUACCCAUUUGGAUAAUCUAGAUUCACAAUUGAACCUCGCCUAGAUUACUAGUUCGCUAGUUUUCUAGCCUGUCACAAGCCCGGAUAAAGAGCGGGGGUUGAGGUGUGGUGCUAGCAACUCCACCCCAAAAUUUAGCCAAAUUGCUACAGAAACUUCAACGCAUAAAUAUAUUAAAAAUACUAAAAAUAUAAACAACAAACUUAUUUUUCGCUGGAAUCGGGGAAGUGAAAUGACGCAGGCUGGUGAAAGCCUUCGGGAAGCUAGUCAGCCGAUGUGCAUUCACUCGAUGAAAGCAAAAAUAGGGAUGGGGACGUUGAAUGUUCGUGCAAUGUACGAAACUGGAAAGGCUGCCCAGGUAGCCGCAGAAAUGAGAAGACAUGGAAUAAAAGUGUUGGAAAUGUGUGAGAGCAGAUGGAACGGAUGUGAAAGGUGCCAACUAUCAACUGGAGAGAUAAUAAUCUAUUCCGGUCACCCAGAGGACAAAGAUAAAGCCCUAAUGCAGUUGAAACCAGUCUCCUCCAGGACAACGACAGCCAUGUUCAACUCAAAAGAAAGGAAAGUUACAGUCAUUCAAUGCUAUGCGCCUACAAACGUCUCAGAACAAGAGAAGAAGGAGGCUCUCUACAGACAAAUACAGACAGUUAUGGACAACGUCCCAAAUGGCGAUAUCAGAAUCCUGAUGGGCGACAUGAAUGCGAAGCUGGGAGGAGACAAUACAAUAAGAGAACUUACCAUGGGUCACGAGGCUUUCGGUGAAAUGAACGACAAUGGUGAACUCUCCUCAGACUUCCGUGCCUUCACUGAUUUGUUGAUUGGUGGCCGUGUGUUCAAACACAAGGAUGUACACAAGACGACAUGGAUUUCAUCAGAUGGAAACACCAAAAACCAAAUAGACUUCAUCUCAAUUUCAAGAAAGUGGAGGCGGAGCCUACUGGACACAAGGUCAAGGAGAGGAGCAGAUGUGGGUUCAGACCACUAUCUAAUAAAAAGGACUUUCAAGGUGAAACUAAAAGCCUUGAGGAUAGCUGGGGAUAGGCCACAAUGCAAGUUCAACACUCAAUUACUGAAGGACACAACCACAAAAGACACUUUCACUGCAACUGUCAGAGCAAAGCAGGAAACACUACGCGACAUCACUGAAGAAUCAUGCGUGGAAGAACAUUGGAAGUCUCUGAAGGCGAUUCCCAACGAAACGUGUUCAACGGUUCUAGGAAGAAAGAAGAGACAAGACAAGGAAUGGCUCUCAACGGACACUUGGAAAUUAAUAGAAGAGAGGAGAAUGGUGAAAUAGAAAAUGAUUCAAUGCAAGGACGGACAGGAGAAGGAGACGCUGAGCUCAACUUACAAAGCACUGGACAAAGAAGUGAAGAAGAGUGCUAGGAAGGACAAAAGACGAUUCUACGA